UGAUGUCCCGCCCAUCAUCGAAACGCACCCUCGAUUCCUAUGCCAUCAAGGGCUCCAACAAAAUCAUCAAACCGGGAGAUUCAGUGCUAAUGCGGGCCCCGGACUCCUCCAAAGCUCCGUACGUGGCCAAGGUGGAGGCGAUCGAGGCCGAUCGCCGUGGGGCACACGUGAAGGUUAGGGUUCGGUGGUACUACAGGCCGGAGGAGUCGAUCGGUGGCCGGAGGAGGUUUCAUGGAGCCAAGGAGCUGUUCCUCUCCGAUCACUUCGACGUGCAGAGCGCGGACACGAUCGAGGGGAAGUGCAUUGUUCAUAGUUUUAAGAACUACACGAGGCUUGAUACGGUUGGGAAUGAUGAUUUCUUCUGUAGGUUUGAGUAUAAGUCGGCCACGGGGAGCUUCGUGCCUGAUCGGAUCGCAGUAUUCUGCAAAUGUGAAAUGCCUUACAAUCCUGAUGAUCUUAUGAUCCAAUGUGAAGGCUGCUCUGAUUGGUGUGUUUGCUCUACUACUUAUUGA